AUGGGUACCGGAAAGAAGGAGGCCGCCCGUAAGGUGCGGCAGAACGUCCCUAAAGAUGGCAUGGCCAACGUGAAGACCAAGGGUGAAAACUUUUACCGCGAUGCCAAGAAGAUCAAGACCUUGAACAUGUUCAAGGAUGGCAAAGCUCAGCGCAACGCCCACGGAGAGAUUACGAAUGCUGCCUCUUACCAGUCUCGUGAUGCCCCAGUGGGUCGCAUUGAGCCGAACCGUAAAUGGUUUGCCAACAGCCGAGUCAUCUCACAGGAGGCACUAACCUCUUUCCGUGAGGCUGUCGCUGAACGGGAAAAGGAUCCUUACCAGGUGCUGCUCAAGACCAACAAGCUCCCCAUGAGCUUGAUCCGUGACAAUGAUCAUACUGUGAACGGUAUCAAGCAACAUCAAGCCAAGAUGGAGAUUGAGAACAACCCCUUCAAUGAUACCUUUGGACCCAAGGCCCAAAGAAAGCGUGUUAAGCUAGGAGUUACGUCUCUGGAAGACCUGGCUGGCGAGACUGCCAAGGUCCACGACUCAUACAUGGAGAAGAUGGACCAGUCCACACACGAGGAUGGCACUCCUAUCGUCACUGCUGAUGUUGGUAACUUGGAAGAUGCUAUUCUUACCACUGCCCGCGAGUCUGUCUUCUCCAAGGGCCAGAGUAAGCGUAUCUGGAACGAACUUUACAAGGUCAUUGACUCUUCUGAUGUGGUCAUCCACGUUUUGGAUGCUCGUGAUCCCAUUGGUACUCGCUGCCGGAGCGUUGAGAAAUACAUCCGCGAGGAGGCACCUCACAAGCAUCUGAUUUUCGUGCUUAACAAGACUGAUCUUAUCCCGACCGGUGUUGCUGCCGCUUGGGUUCGUCACCUGUCCAAGGAUUACCCAACUCUUGCUUUCCACGCCAACAUCAACAACUCCUUUGGUAAGGGUUCAUUGAUCACCCUCCUUCGCCAAUUCUCCUCAUUGCACUCCGAUCGCAAGCAAAUUUCUGUUGGAUUCAUUGGCUACCCCAACACUGGCAAGUCCUCCAUCAUCAACACUCUUCGAAAGAAGAAGGUCUGCACCGUGGCUCCCAUUCCCGGUGAGACCAAGGUGUGGCAGUACAUUACCCUGAUGAAGAGAAUCUACCUCAUUGAUUGUCCUGGUGUGGUUCCGCCCAACCCCAACGACACUGAAGAGGAUAUUCUUCUGCGUGGUGUCUGCCGUGUUGAGAACGUUGAGAACCCUGAGCAGUACAUUCCGGCUGUUAUGCGCCGUGUGCAGCCUCGUCACUUGGAGCGCACCUACGGUAUCAAGGAGCCUACCGACGCCAUUGACUUCCUCAGCCGACUUGCUCGCAAGGGUGGUCGUCUGCUCAAGGGAGGUGAACCUGACCUGGACGGAGUGGCCAAGAUGGUCAUUAACGAUUUCCUCCGCGGAAAGACUCCUUGGUUCACCCCACCUCCCAAACCCCCUGUUGGGGAGAAGGAGACCAUGGCCGCUGGUCGUGAAGGCCGUCUCGGAGAAAUGGGUCGCAAGCGUAAGCUUGAAGAGACCGAGGUCGCUCUUGAAGCUGCCGACGAUGCUGAGUCAUCAGACUCCAAGCCUGAUGAGCAGGGCGAGGAGGAUUCUGACGAUGAUUCGAUCGCCAAUCUGGAGAUCAGCGAUGUGGAGAGCGGUGAGGAGGAGUGA